UAUUCAUCAACUUAGACACAUCUUGCAUGAAAUUACUAGAGUAGCACAAUCUCAUUCUAUCUGUGUUAUACCCAAUACUCCUCCUCUUUCUCAAAAUCUUAUUGAACAAAUCUUUCCUAAUUUCUCAUAUCAAAAUCAACUGCGAUCUAUUAAUUCAGAA